AUGUUUAAUUUAUCGACUCAAGUACGUUUCAUAGCUGAAGCUGUAACAUGCGGCGACCUUAAUGAAAAUAUUACAGAUGAUUUUAAAGGAGAAAUUUUAGAUACUGCAAACACUAUGUGGAUGGGAUACUUUGAAUUGAAAAUAUGA